UUCUCCGCAAAAGAAAAAAAUAGGAAAAACGAAACUGGCAAAGCAUUGCUGCCACCGCUACGCCACCACGCGGCCGCGGCCACGCCUCGCCGCGCGCCGCCUCGCCGCCGCCGCGGCGCCAUGUCCCCUCGAACCACCGCAGCCUCCCGCGCCCCUCCCUCCUGCUCCACAUGCCGCCUCACCCUUCGACCUCCUCGUUACCCACCCGCACCCGGCCAUCGCCGCGUUCCCGCACGCCGGCUUCUCCGGCCUCGCCGACCACCCGCUCCUCGCGCGCGCCGUCCAAGGCCUCGCCCUCCGCCGCGCACUCCCGCUCAGCGCCUUCCACCGCAACACCCUCCUCGCCUUCUGGUUCCGCCAACGCUCAUCCCCCGCUGCUGCCCUCCACCUGUUCGACGAGAUGCCGCACCGGACGUCUUCCUCCUGGUACACCGCCGUCUCCGGAUGCGUGCGCUGCGGCCUCGACGGCGCUGCGUUCGGCCUGCUGAGGGACAUGCGGGAGCAUGAUAUCCCGCUCAGCGGCUUUGCGCUUGCCAGUCUAGUCAAGGCCUGCGAGCGCCGGGGCUGGGAGGAAGGCGUGGCGUGCGGCGCCGCCAUCCACGCGCUCACUCACAGGGCCGGACUCAUGGGGAACGUCUACAUUGGGACCGCGCUCCUGCACCUCUAUGGCUCCCGUGGGCUGGUAGCGGAGGCCCAACGACUGUUCUGGGAAAUGCCUGAGCGGAACGUCGUGUCGUGGACGGCACUGAUGGUGACCUUGUCGUCGAAUGGGUACUUGGACGAUGCAUUGGCAGCUUAUCGCCGGAUGAGGAGGGAAGGUGUUCCGUGCAAUGCGAAUGCCUUUGCCACGGUGGUCAGCUUGUGUGGGUCACUGGAGGAUGAGGCGCCUGGGCUUCAGGUCGCUGCCCAUGUCGUGCUCUCUGGCUUUCAGACACAUGUUUCAGUGGCAAAUUCUCUGAUCACCAUGUUUGGGAACCUUGGGAGGGUGCAGGACGCUGAGAGGCUCUUUGAUGGAAUGGAGGAGCGGGACCGUAUAUCUUGGAAUGCGAUGAUAUCCAUGUACUCACACGAAGGAGUCUGCAGCAAAUGUCUUAUGCUGCUUUCAGAUAUGCGUCUUCAUGGUGGAGUGAGGCCCGAUGUGACAACUCUGUGCAGCUUGUUAUCUGUCUGUGCCUCAUCAGAUCAUGUUGCCCAGGGAAGUGGGAUUCAUUCCCUGUGUCUCAGGAGUGGUCUGCAUUCUUCUGUUCUGGUUGUUAAUGCUCUGGUUAAUAUGUAUUCUGCUGCUGGGAAACUGGAUGAGGCUGAGUCUCUGUUCUGGAACAUGAGCAGACGGGAUAUAAUAUCCUGGAACACUAUGAUUUCAUCUUACGUGCAGAAUGAUAGCCGUAUUGAAGCAUUGGAGACAUUGAGUCAGUUACUUCAGAUUGAUGAAGGUCCACCAAACCACAUGACAUUUUCCAGUGCUCUAGGAGCAUGUUCAACUCCAGAAGCCUUGAUGGAUGGCAGAACAGUUCAUGCCAUGAUAUUGCAGCGAAAUCUUCACGACAACCUAUUGGUUAGUAAUUCUCUCCUCACAAUGUAUUGUAAAUGCAAUUCACUGGUAGAUGCAGAGAGAGUAUUUCAAUCAAUGCCCAUUCGUGAUGUUGUAAGCUGCAAUGUGCUUAUUGGGGGAUAUGCAGCGCUUGAAGAUGCUACCAAGGGAAUGCGUGUGUUUUCUUGGAUGAGAGGUGCCGGAAUAAAGCCAAAUUAUAUCACAAUGAUAAAUCUCCAGGGGUCUUUCAAAUCAUCAGAUGAUUUGCACAGUUAUGGAAUGGCAUUACAUGCAUACAUAGCACAGACUGGAUUAUUAUCAGAUGAGUAUAUUACAAACUCAUUGAUAACAAUGUAUGCAACCUGUGGAGAUUUGGAAUCUAGUACUGAUAUAUUCUGCAGAAUCAAGAAUAAAAGUGCCAUUUCCUGGAAUGCUAUUGUAGCUGCCAAUGUACGGCAUGGCCGUGGAGAGGAAGCUCUAAAGCUCUUCAUGGAUUUGCGGCAUGCUGGAAACAAACUUGAUCGUUUUUGUGUAGCUGAAUGUUUGUCAUCCAGUGCAUGCUUGGCAUCAUUAGAAGAAGGCAUGCAGCUACACGGUCUUAGUGUGAAAUGUGGGUUGGAUUCUGAUAGUCAUGUUGUUAAUGCUGCAAUGGACAUGUAUGGGAAAUGUGGAAAGAUGGAUGAUAUGUUGAAAAUGCUGCCUGAUCCUGCUAGUCGGCCUACGCAAUGCUGGAAUACAUUGAUAUCAGGCUAUGCAAAAUAUGGCUAUUUUAAGGAAGCUGAGGAUACGUUCGAGCAAAUGGUCUCAAUGGGGCAAAAGCCAGACUAUGUGACAUUUGUUGCUCUUCUCUCUGCUUGCAGUCAUGCUGGUCUGGUAGACAAGGGCAUCAAUUACUAUAACUCUAUGGCAUCUACAUUUGGUGUUUCUCCUGGAAUAAAACAUUGUGUUUGCAUAGUGGAUCUCCUUGGUCGUUUAGGGCGAUUUGCAGAUGCAGAGAAAUUUAUUGAUGAAAUGCCAGUCUUGCCAAAUGAUCUAAUAUGGAGGAGUUUGCUGUCCUCUAGUAGAACUUACAAAAAUCUGGAUAUUGGGAGGAAAGCCGCCAAAAAUCUCCUGGAAUUGGACCCAUUUGAUGAUUCUGCUUAUGUUCUUUUGUCAAACUUAUAUGCUACAAACGCAAGAUGGGUAGAUGUUGACAAUUUAAGAAGCCACAUGAAGACCAUCAAAUUGAACAAAAGACCUGCCUGCAGCUGGCUUAAGUUGAAGAAUGAGGUGAGCACCUUUGGCAUAGGUGACCGGAGUCAUAUGCACGCAGACAAGAUAUAUGCAAAGUUGGAUGAAAUCUUGCUAAAGCUCAGGGAAGUAGGCUAUGUUGCUGAUACUUCAUAUGCACUACAUGAUACGGAUGAAGAGCAAAAAGAGCAGAACCUGUGGAACCACAGUGAGAAGCUUGCAUUGGCAUAUGGGCUUAUUGCUGUGCCAGAAGGAUCUACAAUAAGGAUAUUCAAGAACCUCAGGGUCUGUGCAGACUGCCAUCUGGUGUUUAAGCUGGUUAGCAUGGUUUACCAAAGGGAAAUUGUUCUGAGAGAUCCUUACAGGUUCCACAAAUUCAAAGACGGAUCAUGCUCUUGUUCAGAUUUUUGGUGAGAUAGUUAUACACCAAUUCAGAUUUUUGGUGAGAAUCCUGUGGUGACAUGUCAACACAGGAUUCUCUCCCCUCCUCUGACACACACAUAUGAAAAACUGAUGGAGCUGACUGUCAAACACACCCUCCCUUUGUUUGUAAAGAUGUUAAUUCUCAUCCAGGACACAUUUGAGUACCUCUUUUGUUCAUUGGCCAUGUAGAUGCAAUGUAUCCACUACUUGUUCUCUUUGGCACACAGUUGUGCAUAUAGGUAGACUGGAUGCAACCAAUGGUUAACUUCUCUAAUGUUAUCUUAUCUAGCUCA